AUGGCGGACACCCAACGUCCUCAAGUGACCAUCCUUGACGAUGAUCACCACGAUGCAAGUGAUGUUGCCGGAGAAGCCGUCAAGGCCGAUUUUGAGUCUAUUGACAGUGAUAUGGCUUUUGCAAAAGAGCUUGGCAUCACGUUGGACUACGAGCGUCAAGUAAAAAUGGCCAACCAGUGUAUCCAUGACAUGGGAUUUGGCUGGUUUCAGAUUAAGCUUACUCUUCUGGCAGGUUUUGGCUGGCUUGCUGAUAACAUCUGGUUCGAAGUCCUGGCCAUGACUCUCACACCCAUUGAUUACGAAUGGGGCAUCAAGUUGCAUAAAGCAGAAUGGUCGUGGGCCAAUUCGAAAUGGGCAACCUUCUCUCUAUACUCAGGUUUGCUAAUUGGAUCAUUGGGUUGGGGCUUUAUUUCUGAUAUCAUUGGACGUCGGCCAUCAUGGAAUCUCACUCUUUUCAUUUCUGCAGCCUUUGGUAUUGCAGUGGGAAGUGCGCCUAGUUUCCCCGUAAUGUGUGUGCUUUUGGGCUUAUUGGGAUUGGGCUUGGGAGGAAACCUUCCAGUCGAUGGUGCAAUGCUGAUUGAAUACAUCCCUGGUCCGCAUCAGUGGAUUCUUACUUUCCUAUCACUCUUUUGGUGCAUUGGUCAGCUCUACGCUGCACUCAUAGGUUGGGCGUUCAUCUCCAACUAUCACUGUGCUGCUAUUGAUAUUGGUGAUCAUAACAUGGCAUGCCCCAAGGCCGAAAAUUGGGGAUGGCGCUACUCCUGGUUCCUCUUGGGUGGUACGGUGAUGCUAAUGUGGGCCAUUCGUUUCUUCGUGUACCCCAUUCCUGAGUCGCCGAAGUUCCUGUUGGCAACUGGUCGCGAAGAGGAGGCGUACCAGGUGCUGCAAUUUAUUGCCAAAGAAAACAGAAAGACGGUAAACUUUACAUUUGCACAACUUGUAAAUGCCAAGUACCGCCGCACGGAUGAAAUGCUAGACGGUCAAGGAUCGGUUGCUGCAUAUGAUAUUGAGAACACAGAUCCAGAGUACGAGGAAGUUUUGGAUGUUCAUGCCCCUACACACUGGAGUCGUAUAAGGAGCAAUUGGGAACACAACAACUUGCGCCCGUCGUAUAUUCGCCGCACCAUCAAGAACAUGCGUAUUUCGCCAAUUUCUGCGCUGUUUGCCUCCAAAAAGAUGGCCUGGAACACGACUCUGAUCUCUGCCUGUUGGGGUCUGAUUGGUCUGGGUUAUCCUCUCUAUAACUCCUUCAUCGGAACGUAUCUGCAGGCUAUUGGUGGUGUGGAUGGCGGCGCUACGACGAUUGCGCAGCAGUCGCGCCAACUGGUCAUUUUUGCUGCAUGCGGUAUUCCUGGUAGCUUUAUUGCUGCUGGUGCUGUGGAGCUUCCGUACGCUGGUCGUCGUGGUUCUAUGGCGAUCUUCACGUUGUUAACAGGUGUCUUUUUGUUCUGUUUCACUACAGCUCGCACGAACUCUGCUGUGUUGGGCUGGAACUGUGCAACCAGUUUGACGGAGAAUGCGAUGUACGCGGUAUUGUACGCAAUUACCUACGAGGUCUUCCCAGCCCCUCAACGUGGUACUGGUGAUGGAUUUACUAUGAGUGUGCAGCGUGUGUUUGGUAUCGUGUCUACGAUCGUGGGUAUUGGCGUGCAGUCCGAGUUUAAGGCUCCGAUUUAUGUGUCGGGUGCCGCGUUCCUGGUAGCUGGUGUGAUUAUGUUCUUCCUGCCGUAUGAGCCACGGGGCAAGACGGCUUUGUAA